AGAGCAACCUAAUCUUGAACAGCGAAUCAUGCCCUUUGUCUAAAAGUAGCAACUUUUCACACACACUCACACUCACCGGCGGUGGAGCAAAUUCAGUUAGCGACGGCGGCGGCGGUAGCGCAGGGUAGCAAAACUAAACAGUGGUAAAGCGGAUGGGAUAUAUAGGUGUUCAUGGCAUUAAUGCACUGCAUAGAUACAAAUACAGUGGAGUUGAUCACUCUUAUGUUGCAAAAUAUGUCUUGCAACCGUUUUGGAGUCGAUUUGUUACGUUCUUUCCUCUUUGGAUGCCACCCAAUAUGAUUACGCUAACAGGAUUCAUGUUCUUGCUCAUAUCUGCAUCACUUGGCUAUAUAUAUUCACCUCAAUUGGAUUCACCUCCUCCAAGAUGGGUUCACUUUGCUCAUGGAUUACUCCUCUUCUUGUACCAGACUUUUGAUGCUGUUGACGGAAAGCAAGCUAGAAGAACAAACUCAUCUAGUCCAUUGGGAGAACUUUUUGAUCAUGGAUGUGAUGCACUUACUUGUGCGUUGGAGGCAUUGGCUUUUGGAAGCACUGCGAUGUGCGGAAGAUACACGUUCUGGUUUUGGGUCAUUUCAGCGGUUCCGUUCUAUGGAGCAACUUGGGAACAUUAUUUUACCAACACGUUAAUCCUUCCGGCCGUAAAUGGACCUACGGAGGGUCUCAUGCUAAUAUACGUGGCACACUUCUUUACCGGUGUAGUUGGUGCAGAGUGGUGGGCGCAAGAUGUUGGGAAGUCUAUUCCUCUUCUUGGCUGGGUUCCAUUUAUAGAUGGAAUCCCUACCUAUGGAGCAGUUUUAUUUUUCAUGAUAGUUUUUGCCGUUAUACCAACACUCACAUUUAAUGUGCAAAAUGUUUAUAAGGUUGUACGCAUGAGACACGGAAGCAUGCUAAAGGCCUUGGCUAUGCUUGUCCCGUUUGGUGUACUGUUGGCGGUAGUUCUGCUAUGGGAUUAUAUGUCUCCAUAUGAUUUAAUUGGGAAAUACCCGCAUAUGGUUGUUAUGGGAAUUGGACUAGCAUUUGGAUUCCUUGUGGGAAGGAUGAUAUUGGCCCACUUGUGUGACGAGCCUAAAGGGUUGAAAACUAGUAUGUCCAUGUCCCUGUUCUAUCUCCCACUCGCGAUUGCAAAUGCACUCACUGCGUGGUUAAAUGAGGGAGUUCCCCUAGUUGAUGAUAAAUGGGUUCUUCUCGGCUUCUGUCUAUACACUGGUGCACUGUAUCUACACUUUGCUACAUCGGUCAUUCACGAAAUAACAACAGCUCUUGGAAUUUAUUGUUUCCGGAUCACAAGAAAAGAGGCAUGAGACCCGUGCAUGUCGUAUAUGAAGGGUCAUGAUGAUCUGGUACUUACAAGUUCACAAUACCAUCAAAUCAAACGGCUGAAAAUAGAUCUCAAAAUGUCAAGUAGAUUCAGUCUCCUAUUGUUUAGUGCAACUUUUGCUAUGCAUCAUGGGAUUUAUUCUCUUGUAGAAAAAUAUUAAAGUUUACUUUAUGUGUCAAAUGCCAGUCUUUGGUUCUUAAAUGUAAUUUAAGGUUAAUUUUUGUGACCAGAAGUAGAUUAUGUUCCAUUUUCAUUGGGUUGACUUUGUUUGAACUUUUAAGGUUACUUUAUCUGGUUUGAUUUUGAUAAA